AAUACAAAUCAUUCUGUAUCGCUUGAAAAUAUUUCCAAUUUUUUUUGGGACCUUCCAAACAUAAAUAUCUAUUCUGCCACAGUACCUGACAGAAUGCAUCAUCUUGAUCUAGGUUUAUUUAAUUAUCAAAUUAUUUAUACACGAGAACUUUUAAAACAGCAACAUGGCAAUCAUUUAGUAGAUGAAAUAGAUCAAAAUACCAAAAAUGUGGAAAAUUUUAUUACAAAUAAAGAUUUGGCAAAAGUUUACGAACAGUGGAAUGAUAUGUAUAAAAUUAGUAGAUACGAAACUUUUAAGCAAAGCGAUUUAAAUAAAUUUGAA